AUAAGUGAUGUUCUGCCGAAUUAAAGUCGUAUCAAAAUAAUCCAAAGCUAUUUAUAAAUAAUAUUUUCUCAUCUUUUACUUAUGUUCAAACGUUAAUAGUAACGUCUGGUCUAUAAUUAACUUGUGAAAGUUUAUAAAUAUUUUAGUAUACUAUGGUGGACUAGCUAGUUGACUCGGGUCAUUAUAUUUGAAGGUUGCCAUUUUUUCGUGAGAUAAAUUUGUUUUUGGUGAAUAUUGGGCGUGAUCACAUCGUAUCCUAGUGUCAAGUCCUUGCGCGCGGUCAAAUAGCAAAAGUGUCAACUGUGUUCGCCGUGGAGUGUCGUAGUGAAGUGCUGUGGUGUUUUCAGGUAGCUAUGCAAUUGGUGUCAGUUUCGUGGAGAUAAUAAGAGUGUGGUGAUGAUGUGGGCUCAGUGAUUGAAUACAGCGGCACCACGGCUUCCUCUGUGGCAGGUGGCGCGAGGGGAGCAGAGUCUCCCUCGCAGGCCAACCAAGACACGGUGGAUAACGCCACUCCCACCUGUUGGUGGGCUGCCUGGUCUGCAAUGGGGUGCUUCGGUUCGCCGGGCGCCAAGAGUGGCGAGGACGACGCCAAGUCGCAGAAGCGGCGGAGUGACGCUAUAACCCGGCAGCUUCAAAAGGACAAACAGCUGUACCGCGCCACGCACCGGCUGCUUUUACUCGGCGCUGGCGAGUCGGGCAAGUCGACGAUCGUGAAGCAGAUGCGCAUCCUGCACGUGAACGGGUUCUCGGACAAGGAGCGGCGGGAGAAGAUCGAGGAUAUCAAGAAGAACAUUCGCGAUGCUAUACUUACAAUAACAGGCGCGAUGAGCACCCUCACACCGCCCAUACCGCUCGAGAAGCCGGAAAAUAAAGCAAGAGUUGACUACAUACAAGACGUUGCGUCGCAGCCGGACUUCGACUACCCGGCGGAGUUCUACGAGCACACGGAGGAGCUGUGGAAGGACCAGGGCGUGCAGCGCACGUACGAGAGAAGCAACGAGUAUCAGCUCAUCGACUGUGCCAAGUAUUUCCUCGACAAGGUGCACAUCAUAAAGCAGCCGGACUACACGCCCACGGAGCAGGACAUACUGCGCUGUCGUGUUCUCACCUCCGGCAUCUUCGAGACACAGUUCGUCGUCGAUAAAGUCAAUUUCCAUAUGUUCGACGUGGGCGGGCAGCGUGACGAGCGCCGCAAGUGGAUCCAGUGCUUCAACGACGUGACAGCGAUCAUAUUCGUCACGGCGUGCUCCUCGUACAACAUGGUGCUCCGCGAGGACCCCACGCAGAACCGCCUGCGCGAGUCGCUCGACCUGUUCAAGAGCAUAUGGAACAAUCGAUGGCUGCGCACGAUAUCCGUGAUCCUGUUCCUCAACAAGCAGGACCUGCUCGCCGAGAAGGUGAUGGCGGGCAAGUCGCGGCUCGAGGAGUACUUCGCGGAGUUCGCGCGCUACCAGACGCCGCCCGACGCCGCGCCCGACCCGCGCGACCACGCCGAGGUGGCGCGCGCCAAGUACUUCAUACGGGACGAGUUCCUGCGCAUAAGCACGGCGAGCGGCGAGGGCAAGCACUACUGCUACCCGCACUUCACGUGCGCGGUCGACACCGAGAACAUCAAGCGCGUGUUCAACGACUGCCGCGACAUCAUACAGCGGAUGCACCUGCGCCAGUACGAGCUGCUCUAACGUGAAAACCACGAGGGCAAAACGCCGGCGCUGGCUUGACACCGGCGGGCGACACGUAUGACACCAAACGAAUACGACAGCAAUAUUUACAUAAUAUACUACAUCUAAAUGUGUAACGCUCCAAUUAAAAUAACGUUAUGUACAUUAAGGCUCAACAUACUACUUUGUCGCGGAUACUUGACGCGUUGCGAAGUUGCUGUGUGUACACAGCCUUAUAUCUCUUGCACAUUAUCCAUCGACUGUAAGAAUUAUGAAAAAAACAUCUUAUUUUGCAAUUUAUUCUUUUGAAAUUCAAAUUCGGUAUCUUUUCUAGCGUAGGAACGUAUCGAUUAUCAUUUGAAAUUAGAACGUAAUUUUUUCGAUAAUGUGCAAAAGGUUUUUUUCGACCGCCGAGCGGCCAGUGUCACUGUGAUUCUUCUUCUGUCGUUCGCAUGGUGUUUCCGAACGUACAGCACGCUGGCAAUCUGAAUUUGUAUAAAAAAAAAAACUAUGAAUUUGUAUUUAGAACUCGUUCUGAUAUCGGCUCGAUUGUUGCGUGUGGCUGUAUAACUGGAUUACCUUUGCCAAGUGAUGAAGGUUAUGUGACAUGUCAAAAUAAUUUGGCGGCAAAUUAAAAAAAAAAACUUUCAUUUCGAAAUUUUAUAGGUUAAGUCUAUUUCUAAUGUUUAUAAUAAUAUGAAUUACGUGUCUGAAGUAAAUAGGGUAGUUGCAAUAUUCAAUAUACAUUAUACAUAUACAUAUUAUAAUUAGAAUUUAGUGAUGCAAAAUCGAGCCUUUAUCUCAUCGAGCGUAGGGCAGCUAUUUGAAUGAAAGUCAUUUUAUAUUGAGGAUCAUACGUUCUUUUCGGUUUACAUUGAGGCUACAUACAUAGUAUUUUGUAUAGAAAGGCACAAUUAGCUUUUACUAAAAGUAGCAAUCUUACGCAUUUCUUUUAUUAAUGCAUAUCACUGCACUGCGUUCACGCGUAAAUGAAAUAGACUAAUAUAUUUAUUGUUAUUUUUAAACUGGCAACAUUUCGUUUUUUUGUAUGUUAUUAUAUAGCCGCAAAUAUUGUUUUUCGUAUUUUAAAUUAUAUUAGAUUUUCUAUGAAUAUAAUAUAUUGAUAAUUGAUUAUUUACUAGUUAUUAAAAGUAAUUUUGAUGUCGCCAGUUUAAUUUUUUUCUAUCGUUGACUUUUGUAGGAAAAUAUACAAAGAGUAUAUUGUCUUUUACCUAGCACACGUUUUUUACAAAUGUUUAGAUAUUUUUUGAUUACAUACCUACGUAUAAUAAUAAAUAUUAUUUUACGGUAUAUAAUUUCAAGGACUAAUUGCAAUAACAAAAGUUUUCUGUAUGUUUUCGCAUAGUUUUUAAGUUUAUUUUAAUAUAUUUUUUUUUUCGUUUAAGUUUACGUCUUCCAUAAUAUGUAUUAUGAUGUUUUUUGCGAAUUUUUUUAUUUUCGUUUUAUUGGAUGACUAGCGCACACCUCGAAAAUAAUAAUUGUACUAAGCAAAGAGCUUUGCUGUGUAGAUUUAAAUUAGUUUAAAGAGUUAUUUAAUAUAUGGAGCUUUUAAUAAAUAUAAGGUCCAAAGAUUUAUUCGCCGGCCGUAUGUAAUGCGGUGUAAUGAAAAAAAAUUUUAUUUAGCAGUAUUUUUUAAUUUUUUUUUUCUCCCAAAAUCAGUCUAUAUUAAGGCAAAUUUAGCCCUAAGUACAAAUGUUACUAACAUUACGGUAUAAUUAAUAUUUACAAUUAUUAUAAUUUAUAAAAUUGGUUUAUGUACUUACACUUUGUUGAAAUGCCUAUAAAAUAUAUUAUGUUUUUUUUUUAUCGUUAUCUUGUUUCAAAAGUUAAUAGUUAAUUAAAUUUCUUUGCAUUCUCUUAUUCCUAAUGGUUAUAUGUACAUUGAAAUAAAAUAAUAUCAAUGGUCCUUAAUAUAAGAGUCGAUGCUGGCGAAAUAUGUGCCAUAAUGAUGUCUUGAUAGCGGAAACACCAUACUAAUAAUGUUACCAUAUAUAAAAAACAUCGUCUACAGAUUAUAAAAACUCAAUCCUUCCUAGUACCUUGUAAAUUAACAAAUAACUAUUUUGCUUUCUAUUGAAUAACAUUUUGUCGUUAUUUUUAAUAUAUUUCAUAUUACGAGGAUUGUAUUUUUUUUUCUUUCGUGUUAAGUUCUCUUUGUAAGUAGAAAAAUAUAGCGUAUGUUUAAUAUAAAAGUAUAUAUUAUUUCACACAUUUCGCGGUGCGUAGGGUCGUUCAAAAUUAUCAUCACAAAAUUUAUAAUUUUGACUUUUUAACGCUCGACGUAACGUAAAUUCCAUUAUAUUCUCUUUUGCCGUUCUAAAAGAUCUGCUUUUUUUUUUAAUAAAUGACCGGCUCUUACACCAGAACAUUAUAGAAUUCAUCUUGUAAUUUAUUAAAAUGGCAUCUUAAACUUAUUGUAUAUGCAACUUAAAAAAAAACUAUUUCGUAGCUAUUUUAAGUAAGUUAGUGUAUCGCGAUAAUCGAAAGCAAAUAUGUGUAAUGUAGACUGCUGACGUGAGGUUUCUUUGUCCCUUGCAGGUCUACUGUCCAAAAGUCGGGUGCAAUUUAUAGAAAUGCAUUUUUAAUUCAAAAAGUAUCACACUAGACUUUAUACUGCAUUCAAUUGUGGCCAAUCGGAAUCUAGCAACACAGCAAACGGCUUUUUUUAUCUAUAUCAAUAAGUUUUCUUUUUUUGAAAAACGAAAAUGGUUUAGACGUAACACGCGAAUCUCAUGAUGCCAUGCCGGUUGCGCGCCAAAAUUUAAAAUUUGAUUUUCUACUUUUCUCUAUGGUUACAGUUAAUAAAUAUAGUUACUUUUAGUCUCCAAUAUAACGCAAUUUUCUUUAAUUCAAUGGAUUUUUGUCACAGUCUCGUCACGGUAUUGGUUAACUGUAAAGUUUCUGUCCGAUCCCUGCUACUACGUAAAAUUUAAGUGAACGCAAUAACAAGUGAGUCAUGUAAUAUGUAUAAAGUAGUAUAUAGCAUAUUUUCUAUGUUUUUCGAUAUGUAGAUGAUAUACUGCCAGUGUCGAUGUCAAAGUUAUUGAAAGUAAUAAGGUGUAAAGAUAAGAUGUUUCCGAAACAACGUGCGGUCAGAAUGUCUCUAUAACCUCAUGCACACGAAAGGUAAUCGAAUCGAUUAUUCCAAGCGGAAUGGACAAUGUAUGCAAAACGUUACAGAUGGUGUACGAGCCUCUAGUGUGCACAUAGACUAACGGAGGCUAUAAAAAAAUCUCUUCAGAGCGGGAACUUUAGCGUAGACGUAAUUAUAAAUUUAGUUUUGCGUGAUCAACUCCUCGACUAGUAGUAAUGUAACGUCCGUUGCCAAUAACCAAAUAGUAUUGAACAAUUCCUCCCUUUUUUAAUAUAUCUUUCAUAGUAGAUAAGUGAAUGUACUUGCGCACAAUAUGUUUGUGAGGGAAAUGAUUCAACUUUCGUUUGAAUUCUAAAGUGCAGAUGAAGUCUGCAAAAUAUUUUUUGGUAAUAUUUUAUCCGUGUCAGACCAAAGUCGCGUCCCUUACUCGCUAAUGUUUAAAUAAAUCGCAUUUAACUACUGCUCAUUUAUAAUUCUUUUCAUCGUAGUAUGUGUUUUCACGACUAUAAUACGUUAAUUUAAUUUUCAUUUUAGGGUAUUUUAUAAUUCUCGUAAAGCGACACUUCUUUUAGAGUUUUGAUUCAGCACAUUUCAUUGUUUACUGACGGACUGCGGGUCAUUGUGUAUUUACUCUUAAUACUUAUGUUUAAAUAUAUUCUGAAAAAUCUAUAUUUUUAACUAAUUUAAUUUUUAAAAUAUACCUAAUUAAUAAAUUCCUAAAAUUAAAAAUAAAAUUUUUAAUAUUUAUGUGUAUAGUAGUGUCUACUGCGAGGUGAUCAUUAAAUAACAAACGCUUAUAAUUUUUAUUGUUUCCAGAGAAUCGCAAAGAUUAUAUUAUUUACUGUCCAUGAAAUUAAUCUUUAACUGAUGUGUACACAAAAAUCAGUAUGUUUCAGGCAUUUUGAAUCCGACUUAAUGUAUGUAAAAAUAAAUGUUGUUUUAAAA